AUGGAUGGAAUGUCCGCUCGUGAGCAAGGAGGAGUGCGGUCGAGCGUGGUCGAGAGGGACGCUUUUGCCUCCGCACAACCCGCGCGCGUGCCAUCGCUCGGUACCUUGAGCGUGGUAGCAGUACCAGCAGCUAUGCUCACGGUGCACGGUGACACCGGCAUCGGCACAGCACUGAAUGGUUACCAGAUCUCAUUCCGGAACGUUACUGAGACACAAGUUCAGUUUGAGCCUAACUUCCAGCAACACCGUACAGAACGAUUUAUGAAUAUGAUUUCGGACUUACAAAUGACCGGCGCGGAAUUACGGACGAAGAGAGAGAGUUAUUUAAAUCAGCGGCGCUCAGUCGCACAAUUACAGCAAGCUGAGCGAGCCUCGAGUGGAGCUCAACAGGCAGUAAAUCACGGCGCGGCGCCGCCCCGGCCGCCGGCCGCCAGCCGCAGCCAGCACGCGCCGCGCUCGCCAGCCACCGUCUCGGGACGGGCACCCGGGCCGCAGUUAGCAAAGAGGCACUCAAGGCUCGUCGAGGUGAGGCUUACGGCCACCGCGGGACAACCGACGCCUAGUAAACUUGUGCUACGGCGCAGCAUUAAACUACAGGCGGAAAAUCUCAAAUGUCAGGGUCGCAACAACCACUGUGUUACAAGUCCGACGACCAGUAACAAACUAACAAACAAGCGCUCGGGCGGCGAGCGGCGCGAGCUCGCAACACGCAAGUUUGUGGGUGUAACGAGCGGCGAGCGGCGAGCGGCGAGCUGCGAGCUGCGCGUCGCCAUCAAUCAGCAGGCGCGCCCGCCGCUCCCCAUCGCCCGUCACCCGCCACACCGCCCACACAUUCUUUUCUUAUUUCUCCAAGUAAUUUAA